UAGUAUUCAAAAAGACGAGAGUUAAAACGCGAAGCUGCUAUAUGUAGGCUACAACCUGUCACAACAAUGACAAUGAAGAAUAAACUGCCUUUUUGACAGGUACAAGCACACCUAGUGACGUGUAGGGUCAAUCCUAUUGGUUGAAAGGUAGUAGAUGAAUCGCUAUUGGCGUAAACCGCCCCAGCACCUGUCUGAAGGUUAAUAAAACAUCGGCCAUUAAGUAUUUCCCUAUGAAUGUCGAAGACUCCACCUUCAUCACAAGUGGGACUUAAAGAUUUUUUCAUCAACCAAUGAACAAACGUCGAUAUGAUAAUACUAUGUAUUGAACUGGGUUCUUUGAAUUUACAAUAUAUGAGAUGAUUCGCCACAAGAAUGUUGGACAGUUCAAAUGUAACUUCGGUUCUGCAAAACUUAUGUUUAGUAAUAACUUUGCCAUUUUUACAAGUAACAGAAUUUUAGUGAAAAGUUAUACUUAAAAAUACGGUUUUUAUAAUCCACAUCGUGACGUCAGUUUCAUAAAAGGAAAACAUCUGUUUUCUACUAAAAAGUGUACAAGUUGUAUUCAUGUCAUAAUCUGCUUAGGCAUGUUUUAGGUCCACUCCAUUUUAUAUGUAGGACAAGAGGAGUGAAAAUAGAAUCUGUUUAAAAAAUAGAACGAAAAACGAAGAUUUAAUGGGGCGCACUCUUCCGGUCCCUGUGGCUUGCAGAGUGUGUGGAGACAAGAGUUUCGGGAAGCACUACGGCGUGUACUGCUGUGAUGGAUGUUCCUGUUUCUUCAAACGCAGCAUCCGACGCAAGAUGCUGUACACUUGCAUCGCCGGAAAGGGAAACUGCGUGAUUGACAAAGCACGGCGCAAUUGGUGUCCUCAUUGCAGACUGCAGAAGUGUUUCUCCGUGCACAUGAACACUGCAGCCGUCCAAGAGGAAAGAGGUCCUCGGAAGUCAAACAAGUGUAAAACUAUGAACAGUAGUUCAACAUCGUCACGAUCGACGCCCUGCUACCGAUCAGCUGUAGGGGCCGUUCUGUGCCACGCGACCCCGUUCUCGGCCCUCGGAGGGAGCGCCAUGCACCAUGCAGAAGGGACCAGUCCCUUCAAGAAAGUGACACCCGAAGCCAGCUUACUCAGAGAAACAAUUCCAUUCGCUUUCCCCACGGUUGCAUUACAAGUGCCUACCAGAGGACUCCAAGGUGAAUUCUAUCACGAAAUAGCAGCACAGAUAUUACUGGUAAGUCUACGACAAGCUCGAAGAAACGAACAUUUUGGUAUUUUGUCGAGAUCGGACCAGGACUGCAUUCUGCGUCAUGUGUGGAACGAGUUAUUCCUCCUUCAUGCGGCCUACUGGCCAAUAGACGUCUCCGCCUUGAUACGGAGGGCUCUUAAUAAUGGCCACAUCUCGAAGGCUGCUAACAACAGCGCCAGCCCCAACAGUACAAGCAGAUUGUUGCGGAGAUCGCUUGAACUAUGCCAGAAUCUGCAAUUGGACGCAGUGGAACUUUCACUGCUGGAAACUCUUAUUUUAUGUAGAAAAGACCUAGCGGUGACGACGGAGGAUGCUAAGCGGUUGGAGUCGAUCCAGGACCGAACCCAAGUCGCUCUUGCACACUACGCUGCCCAGUCUUCACCCCACCAACCCUCGCGAUUUGGACGUCUCCUGCUGGCUCUGCCCGUCCUCUGCGGGCCCACAGCUCAGAGCACAUCAUCACAACUAUAUGAAGUCUUCAUCACGCGAGAAUAA